UGGGGGCUUGAGGCAGGGGCGUGGCUGCCCGCGUGCCCCUGGUGGGGAGUGGGUGCCCGGCCGCAGGGGCCCGGCUGACGGCCCCCUCCCCGCAGGCGGCACCCCGCUCAGCGAGCUGUCCUGGUCGUCCUCCCUGGCCGUGGUGGCCGUGUCUUUCUCCGGCCUCUUUGCUGUCCUCGCCCUCAUGCUGGCCUGCCUGUGCUGCAAGAAGGGCGGCGUCGGGUUCAAGGAGUUUGAGAAUGCGGAGGGGGAAGAGUACGUGGCCGACUUCUCGGCACAGGGCUCCCCGGCGGCCGCCGCCCAGAACGGGCCCGACGUGUACGUCCUGCCCCUCACGGAGGUCUCGCUGCCCAUGGCCAAGCAGCCCGGGCGCUCCGGGCAGCUGCUCAGGUCGGCGGGCCUGGGCCGGCACGGCCUCCUGUACCUGGAGGAGAUCGGCCACGGCUGGUUCGGGAAGGUGUUCCUGGGGGAGGCGAACUGGGGCCUCAGCAGCGCGCAGGUGGUGGUCAAGGAGCUGAAGGCCAGCGCCAGCGUGCACGAGCAGAUGCAGUUCCUGGAGGAGGCCCAGCCCUACAGCCCCCCUCCUUGUCCGUCUGCCCCCCCCUCCUGCCCUGCGUGGGCGUCAGGGGGGCAGCCUGUUGGCUCCCGCAGGGCCCUGCAGCACAGCAACCUGCUCCGGUGCCUGGCCCAGUGUGCCGAGGUGACGCCCUACCUGCUGGUGAUGGAGUUCUGCCCCAUGGGGGACCUCAAGGGCUACCUGCGGAGCUGCCGGGCGGCGGAGUCCAUGGCGCCCGACCCCCGGACCCUGCAGCGCAUGGCCUGCGAGGUGGCCUGCGGCGUCCUGCACCUGCACCGCCACAACUACGUGCACAGUGACCUGGCCCUGAGGAACUGCCUGCUCACGGCCGACCUGACGGUGAAGAUCGGCGACUACGGCCUGUCCCACGGCAAAUACAGAGAGGACUACUUCGUGACCGCGGACCAGCUGUGGGUGCCGCUGCGCUGGAUCGCGCCCGAGCUGGUGGACGAGGUGCACUGCAACCUGCUGGUGGUGGACCAGACCAAGGCCAGCAACGUGUGGUCCCUGGGCGUGACCAUCUGGGAGCUGUUCGAGCUGGGCGCGCAGCCCUACCCCCACCACUCCGACAGGCAGGUGCUGGCCUACGCCGUCCGGGAGCAGCAGCUCAAGCUGCCCAAACCCCAGCUGCCACUGGCGCUGUCGGACCGCUGGUACGAGGUGAUGCAGUUCUGCUGGCUGCAGCCGGAGCAGCGGCCGACCGCCGAGGAGGUGCACCUGCUGCUCUCCUGCCUGUGCGCCACGGGCGCCGCCGCGGCGGCGGAGGACGAGUUCGAGCGGCGCUGGCGCUCCCUGCGGCCAGGCGGGGCCGGCGCGGGCCCCGGGGCGGGCGCGGCGGGCGCGGCCCUGGGGAGCGCGGGCGAGCUGGCCGCCGCCUCGUCCUUCCCGCUGCUGGAGCAGUUCGCGGGCGACGGCUUCCACGCCGAGGGCGACGACGUGCUCACGGUGACGGAGACGAGCCGCGGCCUCAACUUCGAGUGCAAGUGGGAGGCGGGCCGCGGCGGCGACACUUUCCCACCGCCGGGGGGCGUGUCGAGCCCCGGCUGCGCGGUGCGUCUGCAGGAGCUCUGCGCCCCCGACAGCGCUCCGCCGGGGGUGGUGCCUGUUCUGAGCGCGCACAGCCCUUCUGUGGGCAGCGAGUACUUCAUCCGCCUGGAGGAGCCGGCGCCCGCCGCCGGCCACGACCCCGACUGCGCGGGCUGCGCCCCUAACUCCUGCGUCGCGGCCCCCGGCUCUGAGGGCGAGGACCACGACAAGGACUCAGACGGCAGCGCUGCCGCCUCGCUGGCUAUGGAGUCGCUGCUGGGCCAGGCGCCAUCCCCGGACAGCCUCUGGGGCCACUGCGACCACCCCCUGGGCAGGAGCUGCGCCCAGGGCCCGCCCUGCCCCUCCCCCAAGGGCCUGAUGCCGAUGCAGCCUGGAGUGGAGGAUGCGGACUGGGGUGUGCCCGCUUUCUGCCCGCCCUUAUUUGAGGACCCGCUGGGCACGCACACCUCUGGGACUGCAGGCGCCCGGCUGUCCCCCAGCAGGGAGGAGCUGGGGGAGGCCGAGGCCCGCAGGGCCGCGCAGCACAGACACUGGAGUUCCAACGUGUCGGCCAACAACAACAGCGGGGGCCAAGCCCCUGAGGCCUGGGAGGCGGGCUGCACGGGCAGCAGUACGGACCGCUGCCCUGGCAAGAAGCAGCCCCUACAGGCUGUCCCUGAGCGGGGCCACCCCCUGGCUCCAGAGGGCCCCAGAGAGCCUCCCCUUGGGCCAGAGGGGGCCUCCUUUGGCCAGGAGUUGGGCCGCUGCUUUGACCUCCCCCGCCUGUGUCCUGCCGAGGGCCUGCCCCCUGCCACCAGCCUGUUCACACCCCCCUGGAGAGAGGCAGCUGGCAGUGAGGGCAACAGCCCCGAGACAGAGCCCAGGCUUGCGGAGGAGGCUGAGGGGUCCGUGGUGCCUCGGAGGUUCCCUGCGUCCGUCCCAUCCCCAUCCCAAGAGGGAGCCCUGCUUCCUGCCAAGGAAGCCAGCACCCCCACCGCCCUGCCUGCGUCACCCACACCCGCCAGCGGCCAGGCAGCUGCCACGGAGCCGGCCCAAACAUGGGACAGUGGCAACAGCUCCCCGGAGGCACCGGGCAGUGAGGACGAGGACACUGCUGAGGCCACUUCUGGCGUUUUCACGGAUUUGUCUGGUGACGGCCCCCGGGCCGAGAAGCGGGACGUGACGCCGGUGUCCCGCUGCCUGCCCAAGCAGGUGGGCACCCCCGACUCCCUGGACUCGCUGGACAUCCCGUCCUCGGCCAGCGACGGGGGCUGCGAGGUCUUCAGCCCGUCGGCCGCUGGCCCCUCCGGAGGGCAGCCCCGGGCCCUGGACAGCGGCUAUGACACCGAGAACUACGAGUCCCCUGAGUUUGUGCUCAAGGAGGCGCACGAGCCGUGUGAGCCUGAGGUUUUCGGGGGACUGGCCUCGCAGGGAGAGGGCCCUGGGGCGGAGACUCAGCUCCCGGCCUCCCUCGGCGGCCUCAGCGAGAAAAACCCCUACCGCGACUCUGCCUACUUCUCAGAUCUGGACACGGAGCCCGAGCCCCUGGUGGUCCCUGAGAAGAGGGGCGGGGCCGUUGGGCCAGAGCCAGACCUGGAGAGCCCGCAGAGCCCCGGAGGGCAGCCGCCUUCUGAGUCUGAGGCACCUGGGGCGGCGCAGAGCCCAGACCCCACAGAGGUGUCGCCAUCGGCACUGCUUGAGGAUUCUUGCCCUGGACCAAGCACUUGCCCCACAGGCCCUAGGAGGGAGCCCCCCUGGGCUGAAAGCCCAGCUCGGGGGUCGCCGACGCCCAGUCCCGGGCGCUCCAAAGUUUUCCUGCUGACCCCCGUCCCGCAGAGCUCAGACAUCCACGGCCCCGAGCCCCAGGAGCCCCAGGGACUGCCGUCAGCCCUGCAGGAGCGGACAGGGGCCCCGGGCGUCCCGAAAGCCCCGCUCUGCCUGGCCCUGCCGGGGCUCCCCGCGGCCCCGGAGGGCCGGCCGCAGGAGGAGGAGGAGGACAGCGAGGACAGCGACGAGUCGGACGAGGAGCUCCGCUGCUACAGCGUCCAGGAGCCCGGCGAGGAGAGCGAGGAGGAGGCGCCGCCGGUGCCUGUGGUGGUGGCCGAGAGCCAGAGCGCGCGCCACCUGCGCAGCCUGCUCAAAAUGCCCAGCCUGCUGUCCGAGGCCUUCUGCGAGGACCUGGAGCGCAAGAAGAAAGCCGUGUCCUUCUUCGACGACGUCACCGUCUACCUCUUUGACCAGGAAAGUCCCACCCGGGAGCUUGGGGAGCCCUUCCCCGGAGCCCAGAAGUCGCCCCCUGCGUUCCUCGAGGGCAGUCCCGGCUCCCCCGGCGCCCCCUGCCGGCCUCGACGGGCCGAAAACUCACCCGACGGCUUCACGUUCCAAGAGGGCACGAGGUUCCAGUGGGACCAUGGCGUACCGCAGGCGCCGGCCCGGGAGCCCGCGCUGGCCACGCCCGCCGCGCCCUCCAAGCCGGCCGAGACCGCCCCCUUCUCGCGUUUCACCGUCUCGCCCACGCCCGCGUCUCGCUUCUCCAUCACGCACGUCUUGGACCCGGACGCCGGACGCGUGGGUGGCCCUGCAGGAGGCGCUGGGGGCGUCUGUAAAGAAGCCUGAGGCCCACGUGACCCCCCCUCGGAGGCCCUGCUCGUCCUGCUCCCGCAGCAGCAGCAGCAGCAGCGAGGAUGGUGACCAGCGUCAUCGCGGGGCUGCAGUCGCCGCAGUGGGUGGCAGCUUCCAGCACCUGGGCGCCCCACACAGCACAGUGGACGGUGGAACGCUGUGCCGCCGGCUGGUCUGCCCCGGCGGAGGGACUCCUCCCGGACACCGGGUACUCUGCUGAUCCUUAGGGAAGCCCCACAGCCCCCGCCCGGCAGCACUCUCCUUGCAGUGUCCCGUGCCCUGGCCCCACACUGCUGCUUGGCCUCUGAAGCCUGGGGGCCCUUGAAGGCCCCACCCCCUGUUCCGGGUGGUGCACUGCAGGGCACUGUGCCCCCGCCCUGGGUGAGACACCAGGCGCAGGCCUGUGGGGGCAGCCUCUCCCCGUGCCCUUGGCCCCUCCCCCCCCGGUUCUGGGUGGUCAGUGCAAGGACAGGCUCUGGGGCACAGGGGCCUCGCCACCCUUACCUCAAAGUCUGUGGCUGUGUUUCCCCUCUCCUGACUCCACCAGACCCCAGCCUGCCCUCCCCACACGGUCUGGGACGGCUCCUGCCUAGGGCCCUCUGCUGGCACUGAGGGGGCAACUUGAAAGAUGGAGGGGGCUUCCAGGCCCCACCUCUGCCAUCUCAGCCUCAUUCUAGAGGCGCCCCCUGCUGUCAGGUGUGGGUAGCGUCCCUCUGCAGGGCACUGCCCAGCCCCGCUGCUGAGCAACAGUGGGGGCCUCCUGCGCAUCAGGGGUCCCAGCCCACAGCGAUGGGGACGGGCAGGAGGUGGAGCUGGGAGGGGCGGGGCAGGGCAGCACAGGGAAUAUUUUUGUAACCACUAUUGUCCCGAGCCGGGCUUAUGAUUUUAAGUUAUUGUUGCCAAAGAGAUAUAAGUUUGUUGUUGCUUUGGGAGUGUGGGCGGGGCGCGCUGGGUUUGUGUUUCUGUUAGUCUGAGGCUUAGGAUGCUGGUGCAAUGAUUUUCUUGUUCCUUGUUUGUUUUCUAAGAGAAAUCAAGCUAAGAACAAACAGC